AUGGCGCAGGCACGGGUGACGGAUUACUUCGGACAGCGUAAGCGGGCGGCGGGGCCCCUGGAGAGUAAGCGCAGGAAGGUGCAGGUGGCAGCCGAGGGGCCACGCACAGUGACCCGCAGCAAGAAGUUGGAGGAUCUGCUGAAGCCGCCCACAACCCCGGAGCGACCCGCGAACACCGAGCCCCCCUCAUCACUGAGGCCUAGCGGGAAAAAGAGGGCUCGCCUGGAGAGCGACACCUCCGAACUGUUCCGACCCGAUGUGGUCAUUAAGAGGUCCGCCCGCAAGAAGCUCCGACUGCCGGAGGAGGAAGAGCAGUGUGCCAGUCUAUGCUCCAAAUCUGAGAUCCAGUGUGUGACCCCGCCAUCCCUGGGCAAGAAGAUAAAGGACUUGGUGAAUGUGAGCCUCUCACCUAAGAAUGUCUUGAAGAGUAGCCCAGUGUCUGAUGGCAAGACUCAGUCAAAGGAGAACCUUGUGGAGCUCAAAUCUCGACUGCAGAGGAUUCAGGAAAUUUCUGAAAAGUUGAAGGUUCCUGUCAAGACUGCAGAGAGCAAAGUUACUAUCACUGACCUGAAAGCAAGACUCAAACAAGCUCAAGAGCUUGAAACCAAGAUCAGAGAGAAGAAAUCUGCAGAGAAGUCGGCUAUCCAGAGUGCUGAGCCAGUGGAGGAGGCAGCAAACCAGAGUGAGAAGGCACCGGCCUAUCAGCGCUUCCAUACUCUUGCCGAGGAUGUCCCCCCUGGGCUGUCCCUGCCAUUCAAGUACAAAGUUUUGGCUGAAAUGUUCCGUAGUAUGGACACUAUUGUUAGCAUGCUUUUCAACCGUUCAGAGACAGUCACCUUCUCCAAGGUGAAGCAAGGGGUCCAGGAUAUGAUGCGAAAGCAGUUUGAGGAGCGCAACGUGGGUCAGAUAAAAACUGUGUAUCCAACAGCGUACAGAUUUAGGCAGGAAAAGAACAUCCCAACCUUCAAAGAUGGUGUGAAGAAGACUGACUACCAACUUACUGUAGAUCCAAUCCUUGAAGACAAGAUGGAUGGACGCCUUCAGCUGACAGUAAGUCGCCUGCUGGAACGCAGGCGGCUAUUUCAUAGGAGCCUAACUAACAUUGUGAAGCAGCACCACAAAGCUUUCCUGGAAACCUUGAAUCCUCCACUGGUGGUUCCAGAUGCCCAGCUGACUCGUUGGCACCCCCGGUUUAAUGUUGAUGAAGUUCCAGAUGUGGUUCCAGCAGAGCUCCCACAGUCCCCACAAGUGGAGAAGCUGACUACAGCUCAAGACGUGUUGAAUAAAGCAAGAGGCAUGAUGACACCUAAGAUGGAGAAGGCUCUAGCAAAUCUUGCCUUGAGGACUGUGGAGAACAGCCUCUCGGAGCAGAAACAAACUUCACCAGAGGAGCCUAAGCCAGUACCAGCCACUUCAAGCGCUCUCAAAGGAGUCUCUCAGUCACUGCUGGAGAGGAUUCGGGCUAAAGAGGCACAGAAACAUCAAGCCAUGAUGACACGUAAGCCCCAGCAUGAAGAGCGGCUCCUCAUGAUGUCCAGGCUGCCAGAGUUGGCACGAAUCCUCCGUAAUGUGUUUGUGGCAGAGAAGAAACCAGCGUUGACCGUGGAAGUUGUGUGCAACAGGGUCAUCUCCAGUUACCGCUCCUGCAUGACUCCAGGGGACAUGGAGAAACAUCUCUCAUUGAUGAUUGCGCUCCAGCCAGACUGGCUGUCAAUUCAUCCCAUCAGGAAGGACACGUACUACAAGCUGAACAAGACUAUGGACUUGAACCUAAUACUGGAGAGACUUGCCAAAAAACUGAAGGAAGAGGAGUCCCAGUGACUUUAAA